AUGAUUCCUAGAGCGUUUGUGAAAGACUGGAGACACGAAUUCGACGAUACAGUACGUGUAAUUACGUACGAUGGUAUAAUUGCGAUAAUAAAAUUAGAAACAGUUAAUGGGAAAUUUUAUUUAACUGAUGGAUGGGAGCAAUUUUUCGAUCAUCACAAUUUAUACGAUGGUUAUUGCCUAAUAUUUGAAUAUACCGGAAAUUCGACAUUUAACGUGAUCAUAAUGGAUGAUUAUGGGUUAGAAGUGAAAUAUGAGUCGGACGUCUCCGAAGAAGGUGAAGAAAUCAACAAUUCGAAUAUAGAUAAUCCUGUAUUCGAAGUGAAGUUAACACCCCGUAAAUAUGGCCAUCGAAAAAUUUAUAUACUGGAAAGAUUUGCCGGCCAGCAUUUGCCAAAAUUCGUGCGUAGUGUUAAAAUUCACGACUGCUUACAUCAAAAUUGGGAUAUCACUACAAAUUUAAGGUCAAAUGGUGUGAAAGGUGAAGUUUGUGUCGAAAAUGAAGUUGGUGGUGUAAGAAGUAAGUGGAGGAGUGCCCGCACGCGGUGGUGUGGGAGUCCCUUCCCGCAAUACCAGUGCGAGGAGUCCCCGCACAAAUCUGUGUGA